CUUGAGACAUCAAUGUGUCACGGACAGCACCAUUAUUAAUUUCCUUUAUAAAAGAAGCUUCAAUAUUGUUACCGAACAUUUCCCUGGAAUUGGUAUCACUACCAUUAAUACUACUACAAAACACUACAAUUUCCCACAACCUCAAGACCCAAAAAUGUCAGUGUCCUCUCGCCAGGCCAUUUUUGCCUUCAUCAUCGGGGUGUUGCUUAACUUUCUCCAGGUGAAGUAUCAGGGGAAAGAUGAAUCCCCGUUCGAAACACAUCCCACGACCAUGUUCGUAGCCAUUGCAAGUUUGCUGGUUUACUGCUUGUCAUAUGAUGCCAAGUUAAGAAUUUCUGCAGGAAACAAUUACAUGUACUACAACUACUUUCUUAGGAUAAUCAUGGCGUUGUCUGCUCCCUUGUCAUUGGCUUCCAUAUUAUCGGUCCUUUUCCCCAAGUCCCUUUAUCCAUCACUGUUUACACUAUCCAUCAUGUUUUCAGUCAGUCAAUUACCUGCACCAUUCCAGAUUAGGACAAUAUGGAGCUGGCUGAUGAAAGCAGUCAUCAAUAUCACGUACAAAUUCUGUCAUCAGCCACACCAGCAGCCGGGAGAAAGAAGAAGAGGAGCUCUAAUGGAUAUAGUCCAACGACUACCUUGGCUCCCUGCAGCAGCAGAACAUGCCAUUGUGGUGAACCAAAUGGACAUGCUUCCAUUUUAAGGAAGACAAAAUGAAUGUGAUUACUAUCAGUUAUAGACUAGUCCGAGGUGCAAACGUAAGCUGAUCACCCGAGAAUAAGUUGCGAACAAAAAAGUAACCAAAAGCAAGACUACAAGCUUUCAGAAUGUUUUCAUUUCCCACAUUUGGUGAGUCAAUACUAAGAGCUAGCUAAAUCAGUGUGCUUUCUGACGUUCCCAAAUAAAGAAUGAACCGUAUCUGAUCUGAAAUAAAAGGAGUAUGUUUGAUUGUUUCCAGUCAAUGUCAAUCUAGGU